AUGGCCGAGUCAACGUCAGUCUCUGCACCGACGCUGCUGCCCCGCGUCGCCAUCCAGUUCUGCACUCAGUGUAAGUGGAUGCUCCGCGCGGCCUAUUUUGCCCAGGAGCUGCUCUCGACAUUCUCAACAUCCAUUGGCGAGGUUGCUCUCCAGCCCUCGACAGGCGGUACCUUUGUCGUUACCCUCACCCACCUCCCCGCCGGCGCCGAAACGGCCUCGACCACGGUCCUCUGGGACCGCAAGAUCGAAGGGGGCUUCCCGGAGACCAAGGAGCUCAAGCGCCGCCUCCGAGACGUCAUCCAGCCCGACAGGGACCUCGGCCACGUCGACCGUAAGCACGCGAAGCCGGCCGCAGACACGGCAACGGUCUCCGACACCCAAGCCUCGGACGCGGUAGCAGCUGCGCCGACAAUGGCCCCCUCCGCCGCCCCGUCCGCCUCGGACGUCGUCUCCCAGCUGAAGAAGCACCCCGCUAAUGCAAAUAAGGCCCCUGCCCCCGUUGGCGGAGAGGAGAAGGGCCCCACCCUCAGUGACGAGGCCCGCGAUGCCAUCAGCGCUGCCCGCGCCAACACGGGGCAGAAGGCCAAGACUGAGAUCACGCCCGCGGGCCAUUUGCCGGGGCAGAAGUAUGACGAGCCGCCGGCCAAGUUCAGCAAGAAGUGCGAGGACUGUGAUUGA